CACAGCAGCAAACACACCAACAAUCGCACGCCAUACACCAAGCCUCCUACUAAUUUCAUAGGUUGAAAAUGACAGGCGACACCGGCCAAGGCGCCAGCCGUUCGCUCGCUGAAAACAGGGGAUUUACCGAGAGCGUGCUGGCCAAGAUUGCCUGAGCUUCACCGUUAGGGCAAGUUGGGACUGUCGCUCAAAACUCGCAGUUGUUUUUCUCUCCUAUUUUUCUUGUUUAAAUUUCAAGAUAUGAGGAUGAAGAAAUGCCGGACAUGUAAAAUGGAGUACUGAAUAUUUAGGCCUAUUGUAGACCUUUGCAAACCAGUGUUAAUGGACAGCGUUUCACUGAAAUGUUCGAUUUCUCCUCCAUCAUGUCCAUUAAGCGAAUGACCUUGCAAAAACCCCACUUUUGUACUACCAGCCUCCCAUAUCCAACGAUGUUCUGUGUCAGCGCCCGGUUACUGCUCAACUUUCUAAUAUAGCGCCAUCUGUGUUCAAAUUUUGCAAGAAAUUUUAUUGUCGAUUCAUUUCAACUCAUUUGUCAGACCCACACGUGCAAAAAUUAGUGUGUGAGAAAUUGACGAUUCAAACUUUCACUAAAAUUGAAGUAAAUGAUGUCUGCACCGACAAACGAAAUAAAGAAAGUGGUUGUCCAUCCACUAGUGCUUCUCAGUGUUGUUGAUCACUUCAACAGGAUACGAAAUCAAAGAAGAGUCGUCGGCGUUUUGCUGGGAUCGUGGAGACAGGGAGUGCUUGACAUUGCAAAUUGUUUCGCAGUUCCAUUUGAUGAAGAUGACAAAGAUACUUCUGUUUGGUUCUUGGAUCACGAUUAUCUUGAGAACAUGUACACAAUGUUCAAGAAAGUCAAUGCAAGGGAAAAGAUAGUGGGAUGGUACCACACAGGACCAAAGCUUCAUCAGAAUGACAUUGCAAUCAAUGAACUCAUCAGGAAAUACUGCCCAAACUCUGUAUUAUGUAUCAUUGAUGCAAAACCUAAAGAAUUGGGAUUGCCAACAGAAGCCUACUAUGCAGUAGAAGAAGUACAUGAUGAUGGGACACCAACGAGUAAAACGUUUGAACACGUCCCAAGUGAGAUGGGUGCAGAGGAAGCAGAAGAAGUAGGAGUAGAACAUCUACUUAGGGAUAUCAAAGACACAAGUGUAGGUACAUUAUCUCAGAGGAUUACAGCUCAGCUGUUAGGUUUGAAAGGUUUACAAUCACAGAUUCAACACAUCAGUGGUUACUUACAGAAGGUUGCAGCAGGAGAAUUACCUAUCAACCACACCAUCAUUUAUCAAUUACAGGAUGUAUUCAACCUACUACCCGACGUGAACCUGAGCGACUUUGUCAAAUCCCUGACCACCAAGACCAACGACCAGAUGCUGGUGGUCUACCUUGCCUCUCUCAUCCGCUCCAUCCUCGCUCUUCACAACCUCAUCAACAACAAGAUUCAAAACAGAGACCUUGAGAAGCAAGAAGGCAAGAAAAAAGAGGAGAAGAAGGAUGAAAAGAAGGAUGACAAAGAGAAAAAGGAUGAUAAGGAGAAGAAGGAUGACAAGAGCAAAGAUAAGAAGGAUUCCAAGUCUAAGGAUAAAAAGUAGACUUCAAGGUGAUGGAUAUCACAUGGACUUGAAUAGCUGGCUCUUUGAUGGAGUAUCAGCAAAAAAUGUUCGGAAGACGAUUGUCAUAUCAUGGACAGCUUGGAUAUGUGAUCAAGAUUUGAUGGAUGCCUGGAAACAUGUUACGAUUAGAAUUUGUUUAAUUUCCCUUGUAAAGCCAAACUUAUUUCAUCAAAUUUUGAAUACAGAAUUGUAAAAUCAAAGAAUGCUCCUGCAUGGAAGAUGGAAUGCUUGUUUUAAUUGUAUUUCUAUCUACAAAUAUACCCCCUUAUCAGUUGGUAAACUUAAUGAGUAUACAGUAGAAGGGGGGGGCGUCGAACAAGAAGUUAAUAUAGCUUUUGUAUUAAAUGUCCAAGUCAAAGAUAUUUAUACACGCUAAUGCAUGUCGCUGGAUUGAAGCUUGAAUUUAUACUCAAAUAAGUAGAAAAAAUUACUAUUUAUUUUUAAUUUGUAGGUUGUUAAUUUCUACAUUCCAUUGCAUCAAAAUAGAAAACAUGAACUUAAAGAGUCUAUGCAGUGAAAAGAUACUUGAUACCUAUUGAUGCAGGGUGCUUACAAAUCUAUGGGAAUCAACUUUCAUUGGCAGUGCAUAGGCCCUGUAAGACUCUUUUGUAAUAAGUAUAAUAUUAAAGAUUCAGGUAUGGUGCUCAUAUACUGUCAAAUUUGGGGCUCUCAUUCAUGAUUAAUACUCGAUAACACAUUUCAUUAGGCAGAUCUAUGAACAUAGGCAACAUAAACAGAAUAUUUGAAUAUACUGUACUUGUGCACUUUCUUUUCAGAAAUACCCUUCAAAUGGCAGUUUUGUUAUUUUCCGAGUCUCACAUUUGUUCAGGAUUGCAUCUCCCCAAGUCAUGUUUGAAAGAUUAUUUUAUCUUUCUAUCUUUCUUCUUUCUUUUUUUUAAAUUCAAAACGAUUUUGUUUUUCUUCAAUCAUUGUUGAGAUGGUCACUUCAAAAUUGAUAUGCAUAAAUAUCUGAUUAAUAGAUUGAUAAUCACCUCGGGUAUGUAACUGCAGACAUUUAGUAUUUGUCUUUUUUAGAGUAUUUAUUUUUUUCUUUAUUUAAGGAAAAGAAAUAAGCCACAUUGAUAAAAAACUAUCAAUAUACUUUCUUCAAUAUUUGUUGUAAUCACAAUUACAAGGUUUUGAUUACUACAAUAACAUAUAAACCCACAAAAUCACAAUCAUAGUGCAAAGGAAGUAAAGGGAUGUCUGUGUAUCUGGAUAAUUGAAGUCUUGGUCAUUCGUUUAGAUUAAGUACCGUAUGAAGAAAGUAAGGGUUGGCAUUAUAAGCCCGACCAAGACAUGUAUUUAUAGUACCGUUUGCUAUUGUUCAAUUUUUUUAUGUCUCAUGUCAUUUAUGUUUAUGUUUUGUUACAAAACAAUAAAAUUUCUCAAAUGUA